AUGUAUGAGUGUGCAGAAGCAUUGAAAGCAAAUGAGGCAGCAAUAGGCAGUGAUCAGACGGAAUAUCAAACAAUGCUCAAGAAUGCAUUUGCUGCCAUGCUGGAACGAUUGCAUGCAUUCUUCGGUGAAUCGGUUAGCAUUUUUUUGCAUAAUGGAGCGAAACUAAUUGUAUAA